GUGUAACAAAAUCGAUUAUAAAUCGUGUCUUUUUAGUGCCAUUUUUAAUUCUAAAAAGUGAUAUAAUAGUAGUAGCGCUAACGAUACUUAUCGCCAGUACAAAGUUUAAUAUUUCAUUGCCUUCACGCCUCUAAAUAUAGAAUUUAAAAAUCUCUUAAAAUAGCCAAGCUUUCGAGUUAGACGCGCUAGUUAGUAAAGACAUAGUCGAAGUUAAAUUAGUCGAUUUUAUAAAUAUAUCAAUCAUAAUUACCUCGAUGUCUCUAAUCUGUGGAGGGUGUGCAUUUUUAACAUACUUCAAUCCGGAGAGCGCGUCGAGUGCUCAAUCGGCUCUACAUGAGAAACGGACACUACCAGGGAUGAACCGGGCAAUACAGGUGAAACCGGCGGACAGCGAAAAUAGAGGAGAUCGGAAGUUGUUCGUGGGCAUGCUCAGCAAACAGCAGACGGAGGAGGAUGUGCGUCAGCUGUUCACACCGUUCGGCACAAUAGAAGAGUGCUCCAUACUGCGGGGGCCUGACGGCGCGAGUAAAGGGUGCGCGUUCGUAAAGUUCAGCUCGCACCAAGAGGCGCAAGCAGCGAUCACGAGCCUGCACGGAAGUCAAACUAUGCCGGGCGCAUCAUCGAGCCUGGUGGUGAAGUUCGCGGACACUGAGAAGGAGCGGCAGUUACGGCGCAUGCAACAGAUGGCAGGCAACAUGAGCCUGCUCAACCCCUUCGUGUUCAACCAGUUCGGAGCCUACAGCACCUACGCGCAAGUCAUCACGGAACAGCAACAAGCCGCGCUGAUGGUUGCUGCGACGGCGCAGGGCUACAUCAGUCCAAUGACGGCGCUCGCCUCGCAUGCACUCAACGGCAUGGCUAACUCCGUCGUACCGCCCUCCUCGGAUAACUUCUCAGGUCUGGCGAUAGGCACGGGCGGGGGACAGCCUCUGAACGGCGCGCUCCCGUCGCUGCCGUCGCCAACCAUGCCUGGCUUCAACAUGGCCGCUCAGACCGCCAACGGACAGCCGCCGCCGCAGGACGCCGUCUAUACUAAUGGCAUACAUCAGACGUUUACUGGACCGGUACCAGUAACAGCACAAGGCCUGCCGAACGGCGAGGCAGCGGCGUUGCAGCACGCAGCCUAUCCCGGCAUGCAACCCUUCCCGGGAGUCGCUUAUCCAGCGGUUUAUGGGCAGUUUCCGCAGCCGAUCCCCCCGCCGAUGUCGACGAUUGCGCCCGCGCAACGAGAAGAUUUUCUUAUGUUCCCAGGCUGCUCGAUCUCGGGCCCCGAGGGCUGCAACCUGUUCAUCUACCACCUGCCCCAGGAGUUCGGAGACGCGGAGCUGAUGCAAAUGUUCCUGCCCUUCGGCAACGUCAUCAGCAGCAAAGUGUUUAUCGACCGUGCCACUAAUCAGAGCAAAUGUUUUGGUUUCGUAUCGUUCGACAACCCGACGUCGGCGCAGGCGGCGAUCCAAGCGAUGAACGGCUUCCAGAUCGGCAUGAAGCGGCUGAAGGUCCAACUGAAGCGGCCCAAGGAUGCCAAUAGGCCUUACUAACCCUAGACGCCGUCCCUGCGCGCUCAUCGCGUGCCCGUGGUGGCGGCCGGGUCGUACGGCAGGCCAGAGGCGCGCCUGUUCGCGUAUUAUCAACAAUUCUAUGGAAUUUACUACACAUUUAUUGUAUAGCAAAUAUCAUUACCUACAUACUUACCUAAAGAAUUAUGCAAGCCCACUCGGCGAGUAUACUAAAUUAGUUAAAAGUAAUUUAUUAAAUCAGCGCGUAGGAAUGCUUCAUUCUUAUCAUUAUCGAUUAAUCAUUAAAUUACUCUAUUAUAUUAUUAUAUAUACAAUUUAUUAACUUUGAUUAAAUUAUUAUUAUUAUUAUAAAAAAUGACACGUUAUAAAAAUUUUGUCAUUCGUAAUCAUACUUCUACUUCUAAGUACUUAACGUUUAACUGAAACUUUUAACAUAAAUUUAUUAUACUAGUUAUUUGCUUGAACUAAGCCAAACUGAAUUUAUUAAGUAAGUUGAAAAUGUAAGAAAAAAAAUGUAUUUUAAUGAUUGUAUAUUGCAAGGAGUUGCAGCGCCUCGGCGAUGCAUGCGCUCGCGCAGUCCGCGCGGCACUGUUGUCUCCCACCGCCGAACUGAUCGCAUCAUAUAAGUGCUCGCAUGCAUCACUAUUGGAGUAUUUAUAUAAUGUCCUAUAUUUUGUUACAUUUUAAUGUGUGUGUGUCUGUAAGCUAUGUCGCUGGCUCGUACCACACGACAUUCGUUUCGACGCAAUCGGCGGGCAAUCACAAAUUGUAAUAUAGAAAGAGCACAUUGUACACGAAGGCUCCCCACGAGACGACUAUGUACUCCGUCUGUUCAACGGCGAUUUGUAAAAAUAUAACUUGUAAGUAGGACCAUGUAAUAUAUUCAGUAUCGCGUUGUAGACGCGUCGGUCUGUUCAUGGUACGGCCAGCACUCACAAACCUACAUGUUAGUGACGAUGUUGUUGACAAAAUUAAAUGUUUGUAUUUAACGCUGUGUACAAAUGAAAGUGCACUUCCAACAUAAGACCGAAUACUUAGGCCUUCGUUUCGAAAGAUCGUGUUAUUAUGUGUUGUAAAUUCCAAUAUGGGCUGUGAUAUAAAAAAUAUAAUAUCAACAUAAUGGACUGUACAGGCCGUUCGUCUCUGUAUUGCAUAUGUGUGUACCGCUCCCGCGCCGCCCGCGUGCCGCGCGACUCCCGCCCUACAUCCAGUCUGAUCUCCAUCGCGUUACAUUCCAGCCUGCUGGCUUGCAAAACACUGUUAUCAACAGGACAUUACUUUUCUAUACAUUGUUCUACAACUAUCAUAGUAAGCGAGUACCAGUUACCUAACCAAUUGAUCAUGGAAAGGGACAUUUUCUGAGAUUUUCUAAAAAGAAAAAAUCACUAUUUAUUUUUGUACAUACCGCAGGAAAUUUCAGAAAAUGUCUUUAACAUGACAAUAUUCGCUCGCCAAGCUACUGAUUGUUCGUACGCGCCGUCGUACCCAGAUGUUAUUUAAUGGCUAAGCCCUGUAGAUAGUACAAUUGUCGGCAAGGCGGAGGUCGCGUGUCAGGCGGCGGCUGCUCGCGAAGUCGCGAUGUCAAUUCUCCAGGAGCGCGCUUCCCCUACUUUAUUUCAAGCAUUCGUGUGUGUGUCUGUACAUUAUACAUAUAUAAAAAACUAUUCGUGUUAAGGUGUUAAAUACAAUGACUGUGACUAAAUGCGUCCGGGGAGUCAACAGUGAGUGGUGCGCGAACUACCAGAAUACAAAACUAGUGUAAUUUCUACUGAAAAAAAUAGAUUCAUAAUCAAGAAAAGUACCAAUAUAAAUAUAAAAUAAUACUGAGAUACCUUAGAUAUAUUGUGUGCGCGCGGCGAGUCGCGCAGUGUGCGUGCACAGCGCCCGCCUCUAGUCAAAUAUUACACUCACCGCAACACAUAGAAUUUUAUAUUUACACAAAUAAUUAUAUUAUAUUGAUAUAGUAUUCUAGUUUUAGGCGUUUAUGAUUUACAAGUAAGCAGUGUGUUAAGGCGAUAUUCGUAAAAAAAACAAGUCUAUCGUUUUAAGUGUCUCUAGUUCUUUUCUCUUAAAUCUUGUCUCACCAUUGUGCAAUACGUUGUUACGCUUUUUGAAAUUGUUUUAGCAUCGUUUUUAUUUAAUGCAUUAAGUAUUUAUUUGUUUCUUGAAUAUGAAUGUUUCUUAUGUUACCGUUGUAGAUAAUUCGUCGACGUGGUCUCGUUUCGUAAACCGACUGCGAGCCGACCUCAAGAAGCGCGUGCGUCGGGUCUAGUUGUAGUGCGCGGUCGCGGCUGCUGCCGGCCGGCGGCCGCGUGUUGUCGGCGCCGCGCCGCGACCGACU